CAACUUCAACCGCAACGUUCAAAAACCCUAAGCCCCUGUUCAGAGCUCGAACUCAGUAACUGAUGGCGUCCAUUCAAUCUAUCUUUCUCCACGCUCCUCUCUUUCCCCUGAGACCCCGCCACCUCUCCCCUAUGACCCUCAAACCCCCUCGAAAUGUCCAUUUUACCCUUGCCCGCUCUUCCGAUCGGAAAGCCGUCCCAGUCACAGAGCAGGAGGUCCUCCAAGCCGUGGCCGAGUCCGACGAGAAGGUCCUCCCCGGCGUGAGAACGUACGAGAACGACGCUGCUCGGCUCACUUUAGUCGGCGCUGUCGAAUUCGAGCAGGCUCUGACGGCUGCUGCUGCCGACGGAGGACAAGCAGCCGACGAGCACAUCAGCUCGGGGAUGCCCGCUAUGGUUGUGGAGACCUUAUUCCCGGGUCAUCCGGGCCCCCGCAGCACAGUUUCGACCAGACUGUUUCUGCCUGCUAGGAAAGUUAAAGAGAAAGCCAGCAAACUGAGAAGGUCCAUCACCGAUGAUAUGCUGUCAACCACUACGUCGAGAAACAUUCUUUCGAUGACAUUUAGGCAAGUAGUGCUACACCUGCUGUGGAACUUUGAGCUGGUUGUCUUUAAAUCGGGAACGGAAAGGGAUAUGGAGGAUCUCGAGAACCCAAGAGAGCAGGUCCCUGCAUCUUUCGCCCUUAGUUCAUCGGAUGAACGGAUUAUCUCUGUGCUUGCCGAAGUUGUGUGCAGCUCUGCUCUUGAAAGCACUGAAAAACAAUUUCUUGAAGAUUACGUAGGCAAAACUUCGAGUAAUCUUCUCCGCUGGUUCCGAAAGCCUAAAAGGACUGUGUCAGAAGAUUCCUCAGUUGUCAUAUACAAAUUAUUUGAAGAUGAGAUAGUUGAAAAUGCUAAGAGUUUGCUGGACCUUUUUAAUUCAACAAAGGGAAGUUUUAAGCCCGUAAAAACAAAAUCAAAGAACUAUUGGUGGACACCAACUGCACUCUCUAAAUUGGAAAAGAUUGGUGGUCCUGAGUUUAGUUCGUGGACUAGCGAGUAUGUUCCUGCUUAUAGGCUAGAAAUUGAUGCUAAUCAACAUGAGAAUGUGAAAUUUGAAGGUUGGAGAAAAUCUGCAGAGAAUAAAUGUGAAGUUCUCUUGACACACUCCCAAAUGGUUGGAUUGGCGGACCUAAUAGAUAUGUAUUACGAAGAUCCUUACACAAUGCCAGAUAAACAGCUAUCAUGUGGUGUUGUUGCCAAUUCUGCUAAUUUUUCUAAUAAGAAGACAGGUUCUUUCUUGUUAAGAAUGCUACCUAUCACUGUUGCGAGUGGAAUUUUUCUCAUAACAAUUAGUGCUCUUUGUCAACGUGGUUUUCCUUACCCAAAUAAAGGUGGAAAGUACUCUAGAGAACACAUUUCAAUUCCAUCAUCUGAAGUUGGUAGUGCACUAUACCAGUCGGUGGAUGCUGUGAAGUUGGAAGCAUUUUGCAUAUCAGUUGUCAGAAAGAUAAAGGAUGCCCUGGGUUGGCCGGGUGAGAUCAUGAUGGAAACAGAUGUGGGUGCUUGGACUGGUAAAGUACCAAAUUAUUUGAGGAUGGUAGGUGAUGAUUGUUCCAACAACGAAGCAAUGUCAACUAUUUCUUCUUCUGAGAAAAUUGAUGAAGACUUGAAAGCAUCAGCACAAGAUAUUGCAAGUUAUCAGGUGGUUAUGUCAACUGAUGGUGAGAUAGUCGGGUUCCAACCUUUAAGCAGUGUGGCUGUUAACCAUUGGGCUGCCAAUCCCUUGGCAAAAGAGUUAUACAGGGGGCGAAAGCUUUCACCUGGUUUAACUGAACCCGGUCUUAAGGUCCAGCGUCCGAACGAGGUCGCCCUCAUAGAGUUGUUAAUGUCAGUAAAACCAGAUGGCUGCUUUGCUUUGGCCAGGCCAGUUCGAUAAUUGGUUACAACGACAAGAAUGCACAUCUUGGUGAUGCCAUCGGCACUUGGCACGCCAUGUGGUUUUGUACCUGCGGUAUGGAGUUUUAGGAUUUACAGUCAAAGUUAGGUUACAUUGCCAAUCAAUUUUCGUCUGGUUUUGUAUUUUAGUUGCAAUAUAAUUGCAAGAUGUCAGGGGAAAAAAGAAAACAAUUACUUUGGUAAGGCUCAAUAAAUAAAAAACCAGUUAUACAA